CCUUCCUCCUGCCUAUAAAUAGGCCUCCAUGCCCCUCCAUUAUUCCUCAAGCCAGCAAGAAGCACACAAGAAGCUCAUAGCCAUUCAAAGCCUCUUCAUCUCCGAAGCUCCAACCCAACCGAGGAUGUCUUGCUGCGGAGGAAACUGCGGCUGCAGCACCGCCUGCAAGUGCGGCAACGGCUGCGGCGGCUGCAACAUGUACCCAGAGGCCGAGGCCGCCGGCGCCACCCUCCUCGUCUCCGCCACCGCCACCCACAAGGCGAGCUCCGGCGGCAUGGAGAUGGCGGCGGAGAACGGCGGCUGCGGCUGCACCCAGUGCAAGUGCGGCACCAGCUGCGGCUGCUCCUGCUGCAGCUGCUAGAUCGAUCAUCGACCAUAUGCAUGCACCGUGCCGUGCGUGCAUCAUCGAUCAUAUCGAUCUACUACUACCAUACCAUGUAACCGCAACCUGAUCGAGGGCCUUUAUCUAUGCACCUGACCUGCAUCAGCAGUCAGGUGCCAUGCCAUGAUUGUAAACAGGCCCCCCUAAAUAAAAUUUCCCCUGAUUAACUAUA